UCCUCCUCCUCUCCUCCUCCUCCCUUCCCCCCACCCCCACCCCCCAGUGUGAUCGCGCUCGUCCGCAGCCUCCGCUCCCGGACUCACCGCAUCCAUCCGGCACGCGACGCGCUCGAGGCUCCGAGUCCGCGCACCUCCUUUUCUGAAUGACGGGCGGCCGCUUCGACUUCGACGAUGGAGGCACGUACUGCGGCGGCUGGGAGGACGGCAAAGCCCACGGACACGGCAUCUGCACGGGCCCCAAGGGCCAGGGCGAGUACUCGGGCUCGUGGGCGCACGGCUUCGAGGUGGUGGGCGUGUACACGUGGCCGAGCGGCAACACGUACCGCGGCUACUGGGCGCAGGGCAAGCGCCACGGCUUAGGCGUCGAGACCAAGGGCAAGUGGACGUACCGCGGCGAGUGGAGCCACGGCUUCAAGGGCCGAUACGGCGUGCGCCAGAGCCACGGCACACCUGCCAGGUACGAGGGCACGUGGAGCAACGGGCUGCAGGACGGCUACGGCGUGGAGACCUACGGAGAUGGGGGUACGUACCAGGGCCAGUGGAUGGGGGGCAUGCGCCACGGCUACGGCGUGCGGCAGAGCGUGCCUUAUGGAAUGGCCACGGUCAUCCGCUCCCCGCUACGCACCUCGCUGGCGUCCCUCCGCAGCGAGCAGAGCAAUGGCUCGAUCCUGCACGACGUCACGGCGGACACGCCUGCUGGGAGCCGCGGCGGCUUCGUGCUCAACUUCCACAGCGACAGCGAGGUGGUGACGGGCAAGAAGAAGGGCCUCUUCAGGAGGGGGUCGCUCUUCGGCAGCCUGAGGCAGCUGAGGAAGUCCGACUCGCGGACGUCGAUAUCGAGCAAGCGCAGCUCGGCGCGCAGCGACGCCGCCAUGAGCCGCAUCAGCUCCAGCGACGCCAACUCCACCGUGAGCUUCGGCGACGGCGACCUGCCCGACGAGUACUUCCCGGCGGAGGACAACGUGGACGCCACCACCACGGAGUCCUACAUGGGCGAGUGGAAGAACGACAAGAGGAGCGGCUUCGGCGUCAGCGAGCGCUCCAACGGCAUGAAGUACGAGGGCGAGUGGCUCAACAACCGGCGGCACGGCUACGGCUGCACCACGUUCCCGGACGGCACCAAGGAGGAGGGGAAGUACAAAAACAAUGUUCUGGUGCGCGGCAUAAGGAAGCAGCUGAUCCCCCUUAAAAACCCCAAAACGAAGGAGAAGGUGGACCGUGCUGUGGAAGGGGCGCAGCGCGCCGCCGCCAUUGCCAGGACUAAAGUAGAAAUAGCCGCCUCGAGGACCGCCCACGCCAGGGCAAAGGGCGAGGCCGCAGACCAGGCCGCGCUGGCCGCCAGCCAGGACUCGGACAUCGCCAGGGCCAUAGCGAGGGAGCUCUCUCCGAGCUUUCACCAACCAGGCCCUGAUUACAUCAAACAGCGGUUUAAUGAACCUGUGCAGAUCACAGAGAUCCCUGAAGAAAAGAAGGAAAAGUCGCCCUCAGGAAGUCCUCAUUUCUACAGGAAGGGCACCACUCCCAACCACACUCCGACCCCUAGCCCUGGGCCCACCCCACCACCGUCACCUCACACCAGCAAGAAGAAGCAAUCCCAGGUCAACAGCAGUUUCAGCAGGAAAACGAGCACUGAAGAGAAGGUCCCCUUCACCUCAAACCCAGCCAACAUCAUCACCACCCCAGCCCGAAUCCCUGCAAAACAGGAAGUGGUUCCUCUGAAGCCCCCUAAGAAUGCAGAGCCACCGGCCAACACCAGCCCUGGCAAUGGGGAGCUGCACUCCCAGUAUCAUAGCUAUUACGUGAAGACUGAGGUGAUGUUCCCCCAUGAUGAACCCGAAGAGAAACACUCAGAGACCCCAUCCUCUCUAACCCGGAUGCCAUCCUCCCAAAAGCAGUUCAGACCCCCCACCCCAAAACCUGCCCUGGCACUGCCAGCUGCCAAAGAAAUUAAGCCUGAGCCCAGACUCAGGAAGCAGGAUUCUCUCAAGCCAAAGAGCCUCGCGGAAACCAAGAAAGCCAGCAUGGAAAUCACCAGCGACGUCGAGGAAGAAGAUAUGGGUCCUAACUCAGUUUUGGUUGCCCUUGUAAUGCUGUUGAACAUCGGCCUAGCAAUUAUUUUUGUUCACUUCCUGACAUGAUGGAUCUGCAGCUGAGUUUUGACCCUUCAGUGAAGUCAUGAAAACUUGUGGCGUACUCCCUAACGCUCUGCACUUAUGUCAACGGCCUACAGAAAACCAAAAGGGUGGCAGUCAAGACUCCGACACAGUCGAAGAGGGAUUGGCAUUAGAGCAGUGCAUGGGAGAGGUUGAGAGACGGAGCGUUCAGUCAGGGGCCGACAGGCUCCCUGCCCACGAUUUAUGGCUCUUUUGGGUCCCGUGAAAGCGGAAGCCAGCAGCUAUGUUGGGAAAAGUGGGGGAAAAGAAAAACACAACAACAAACAAACAAACAAAAAUCUGCUGAUCCAAGCCAUAAGCGCUGACGUGCAUGGGCGCUCCUUCGUUCCCAGCAGAGGGGAGGUGGGGGAGAGAGAGAAAGAUUUAACUGGAAAUGUACGGAGGUGCACUUUUAGUUUGACGGGGGCGAACAGCUGCCUUGCUAUUUUACCGUCUGACGUCGCGGUGGGGAGAUGUGCUCGACGGCUGCCAGAGGAAUCCGUUCGGAGGAGCGCGCUGCGGCAGGGCGCUCGUUCCCGCGUUCGUCCCACUCCCACUGGAGGAAACCUUCACUCGCUAGACCCCUCGCUUUCCCGUCUUAUUCCAUUACCUGCAGCUUCUUCUAACUUUCUCCUCCCUCUCUUUCGGGGAGAUCUCUGAUGUGACACGCCCAAUGCAUGGUACUGUUUUAAUGACCUUUUUCGUUUUGUUUUGUUUGCCGUUUUAUUUUUCCUGCGCGUUUUUAUCCAUAGCUGUAGACGCUUAGAAACCCUUUAUUGGAGGGUAACAAAUUCAAUGCCGAAAAAGUCCUCGCCCUUUUCAUUUGGUAUCAUAGCAAUCGUUCAACAAUUAAUAAUAUUCUAAUUUUUUUAAGAAAAGUGCAAUAUGUUUUAUUUUUUUAAAGAAGAGGGAUAUAUUUUGCCAAUAAAGGGUUUCUAGUUUUUUGAUCAUUAUAACUGGUGUAGGAAAUAUAUUUCUUUUCUUCGUUUAGACCUAUCGUACUCCACACGAAGUGUAAAGGCAUAUUUAUAGUGGGAGAGCUCAACCAUUGGACUGUGGUUUGCUUGUCUGGAGCGAUCGGAGCUCGCAGGAACACUACAGGAAUCUUGAGAAAGUCUUACACUUAUGUUAUUUAUUGUUUUUUUUUUUUUUUUUCCUUCAAGUACUAAGGCUGAGAAAUAACGUCAUGGUAUUAUAAAAUGAGCAUAGUGCAUAGUGCAUGGGAUUUUUGUUGAGAAUUUACUGCUUCCAGUGUUGGCACCAUUUAGUCGGCGGAGGCCCCGCGAGCGGUCAGGCGGGAUCGGCGACGGUCGCGGCGCGGGCCCUGCGUUCACGUGCACGCUCGCGAGGCCGGCCGUUCGGCCUCCCUGCACCGCUUCGAAAAUCAGGUAGCGCCGCUCGGUGUGUGCGACAGAUGCCUUUAUAAAGUCUUUAACAGUGCCACUGUUUACCUCAAAAGGAAAAAACAAGAAAAAGAAAAAAAAAAAACAAAAGCCUCAACGAAGUGUUUGUCUUAAUGUUCGUAGUGUAGGAGGACUGACUGCCGCAGAUGCUAGAAGCGUUAUUUCUUUAACGUGCCACUCCGUUGUGACCGUUCCGUUCUUCGUUGCUGGUACAGCAUGGUGUUCCUUGUUUUCACUGAGGAUUUAUUUACAUGCAUAUUAUGAGCAGAAAACACUUCAAGAGUAGAAUACUCGCACACUUAUUAUGGGAUGCUUGUCGUUUUCAAAUGUUCGACGUUAAAAAAAGGGCUUCAAAUAAAAGGGUAAUAAAUGCAUAAUUUCAAUGCAAUGUAGUUUCAGUAGUAGUUUGCAUGGGUGAUUCAUGGUACAUGGCGUCGUCGUGAAGUGCGCUGUGCUAAGACCCAUACUGGUGAAGGAGGUCUGUGGGAAGUCGGAGCAGGUCGUCGUCGGCCCAGGCCAGGUGUGCUUUGCGGAAUGGUUCUACGGUGUUUGCAGUUUAUGCAAAGGGAAUACGGGGGAAAUACUUUAUUAUGAGUACUUUUUAAGGUGAACUAAGGCUGAGGAGUAAGAAGCAAAUCCACAGACUGUAAAAACUCCCAAUAUGAUGCAGUGGGACUUUAUAUAUACAUACACAUAUAUAUAAUACAUAUAUAUGCAUACUGUAUAUACACAUAUGUAUGUGUGUGUGUGUGUGUAUGUAUAUAUAUAUAUAAAAUCUCAGCAGUUUUAACCCUUUACUUUACAGAGAAUUGUAUAUUGCUACAUUGAAACACAUUUUGUCCCUGGCAGUUUUCACUCUUAUUAAGGCCUGUAAUGAUUAAGGGUUGAAACAUAAAGCGUAUGGGACUUUUGUAAGCAACAAAGCAUGCUGUUAUUGUUUAUAUAUAGAUUAUAUACAAUUUGUAAGCCUUUCUACAGAGCACAAUCUAGAGACUGGUACUGGUUGGUAUUUUUCUAAAAUUUUCACAGCAGUAUUUAAAAAAAAAAUUAGCGUGAGUUGUUUUUAAUUGGUCAGUGUCAUGUGAACAGCAUUUGAUUAAAAAAUAUGACUGAUAAAUGUAAUGUGUGCUACAAUUUCAACAGCAGCCAGAUGAAUGAAUUAAUGUGUUCAAAGGAUUUACCGUUUAAAUUAUUAAAUAGCAUUAAGACAUGUUAACAAGCUGAGCUGUGUGAGCCUUUAUGUCAAGCCCAGCAAACCCAAAGAAUUUGUGUAACAUUUUUGGAGACGGAUUCUCAUGAAUAAUAAAAAGAUGUGACAACUU